UGGGCGGCCUGAUGUGCGCAUGGAGGCUCCCGAUGCAUCUGCUGUAUUUCAACAGAGUGUACAGGUACACAUACCGCCCUGUCAGACAUGGUUCUCAUUCAUAGCAUGCACCGCGUGCACUUCCGGGGAGCUGUGCAAAUCGGCCCCGAGAAAGGCCAUCUCGGGCUUUCGCAACAUGCAAUGGAUAGAUACCAAACCGCUUCCUGCGGAGAUAUGCAUUGUAGAGCCGUGCUAGCCUGUGCCGGGAAAAUCGAUGUGGUAAUUGGCUUACGAAGAACCACCUACGUUGGCUGCUCUCCUCGUAGCUCUACGUCCGGUAACUUCACAAGCCUCUGUAAAACGUUCAGAGUCCAAGUUGCGACACCACUGAGCGCACGGCGAGCAGUGACGACCAGACGUGUCGCGCCGCAAAGUCGAAGGUCAAGCGGUGCCAGCACAUCUGUCGCGCAAUGUGGAAACGAGGCAUCAGAUGAGAUCCCGUUCGGAGAUGUACUGGAAGUGAAAACAUGCUGCACGACCGACUAUUUGAAAGUCGACAACCCGAUGCACCUCUUGCGGCAUGGCCUCAACGCUCUAUCGUCAACACUCAUGCAAUACUUCGACGCUAGCGGACGUCCCAGCGUUAAGCAUCAUUGCGGAAAGCAAUUCAAUCCGUCUCCGGCCGGACUUGUCAUCGAAUGGUCUAUGAUGAUACCAAGGGGAGGUCUCAAGUACCGGAGCUUCGGUACAGGACAACGCCACAGCAGGACGCCUGAAACUGUCUCACUUGAAUGA